CAAACAAACGUUAUCAAAUUAGUUUGGUUUAUAGAUAUCUGAAAAGUCACGUAGAUCUAUCAUAUAAAUCCAAUCUGUCAGUUCAUUCUAUAAAUAGCAUUGAUCAUAUGAUCUUCACUGAAAAGAAACGACCGAGGUACAGAGAGUGACACUGGUAAUGACAUCGACAGCGAGACGAUUAUUUGGAUUUUUUCAAGUUGUAUGAAUAGUUGGCGUCCUGUUUAUUAGAUAUCAGAUCAAGCAAAUUUAACAUAUCAUUGGCAGAUCUUGUAAAGAUCAGGGUGGAUAUUUUUCAAAACAUUACCAUUCUCUGAUCUUACGAACACUGUGUGAUGAUAGUGACUUGUUGAUGGCUAGCUGGCAGACAAUGCAGGACAAGAAGAACCCAAAGUCCCGGAGUAGAAUGGGAGCAGAAGAAAGCCGGAAUGGAAACUACGGUCUGAUGGGAGCAAGUGCAGUGGUAGCUAAUAUGAACAGACAGGCUGUUAAGGCAAGGGCCUGGUCACUCCUACAUCAGUGCUCUCUUGACCAGUGGAAGGGAGGACAUGCAGAAGCAGCGGGGUUCUCAGAGACGACAAUGUUGUGCAACGGUGUUCUGUAUAAGGACUGCAGUUUGACAUUCUGUACCAGUAGACAGGGUAUUAUCAAUAUCAACAAAUCUGGACCACUCUUCAGCUUUCGGAGGAAGAGUAAAUUUACCAAAAUGGCCGAGCACUUUGAGUACAACCACAUCCCUGCUCACCUGUCCUCCAUACAGAACUUCCAUGUUAAGAGUGUGCUGUGUUAUAAGAGCAACACAGUUGUGCUACAUCUAGUUCGAAACUUGAUGACCUUAUUUGCAAUCAUAGAUCUGGGUGUGAAUAAGUAUGUAGGCAUUUUCGGGAAGCAGUCUGUCGAGUUUGUGAAUGAGGCUGUUCGUGGAGAAAUCAGCCCAGAUGGAAGCAUGUGUAUGAUUAAGAUACCUUCCCUGAAGAGUGACACAAACGCAUUUGUUUUUCAACUGUACAGUCUGGAGACUCGGGAACUGAUGUGUGAAAUCUCACCGCCAUACAAUCACUCUCUAUUUGCCUUUGAUCCACGAUUUUGUAUGUCACGUAUUGCAGCCACCAGUUUUGUACAUGGUGAGGACAAUAGCUUGAGUCUAGUCCAGGUUGGAUCAUGGGACGUCCUUGCCACAAACUCACGGGUUGAUGAUGUCCACAGAAGCCUUGAUCCCAAUCUCAAGGAUUUGAAGUUUUCUCGAGAUGGACAUCUCAUCAUGGCCUUGAUGGUAACAAGUGGAUGCCACUGUCGGGAGAAGAAGGCCAGAAGAUUCCAGCCAAUUGAUUUGAGCAUUUAUAUUUUUGAUGGUGACAAUGCCCGUACUUUGCACUGCAUUCAAUACCACCGCUAUGCGUGUGGGUUGCAUUCUUGCCCAAUAAACUACAUGCCUAUUUUCUCCCAUUGUGGCAGUCGGAUGGCUAUAGUUCUCAAUGACAUGGAGACAACCAUUGACCAUGUUCAGAUCUACAAACUGCCGAUGUAUGGAUCGCUGCAGAAUCGGUGCCGUAUUCGUAUUUUGCAACACUUCCCUCCAGAUGUCAUCUCCCGACUCCCAUUGCCAGCACGCCUCAUAAACUAUCUCAAGUUCAAACCAGAAUACGCAUGAACACAAUGUUGCACAAAAACUCAUUUCCUAGUGAUGACAUAUCCUUGGCAACGCAAACAUUUUUAUUUUCUCCUUUUCAGCUUAAUACCUUGUGGUGCCACUGGAAGCACUAUUUUAUGCUAUAUUUGCUAGUUUUCAUAUAUGGCGAAGUGAUAAAGACUAGUCCUAGUGUUGGUUUCCAAGGCUGCAAACAGCUCCGGUGUAAUUAAAGCAGCACAAAAUCAUUUUCACCAACUUCCACAAACUUGUCAUCUCUUCAAUCAGCUUAAGAGAAUCAUCUAUCAAGAGCAAGAAGAUGGCAGCCAUUUUUUCCCAGGUCAAGUUAUUCCUAAUCAGUCAUCCGUGCCUUGCAUUUGAUUGGUUGGUAUAUGCUGCCUUGAUGUCAGUCACCGAUAGCAGCCUCAGUUAUAACAAGAUAUUACUUGGAGGCAAAAUAUACCAAAGAGGUAGCAGAUGACCUAUAGAGGUCUUUGUAUUAACACCAAUUACUGUAUUCAACCUAACAGAAGUGUCCUCGUCAUAAGUUACAGGGGAGUUGGUGAUGGAGCUUAAGGUGACUUGUAUUGGAGAGGGUGGUGGGUCUCAAAAAUAUGUUUGUAAUGACUUAGGAACACUUGUUAGAUUGAAUACUGUGAAUGAUUUUUAUUUCAAAAUGAUAAAGUAGAAAGUCGGAUACCCAUGUAAUCUUAGGCCAGAUUUUUUUUUACUUUCUGGUAUACAGAAUUUUGUGCAAAAAGUUAUGGUUUGUCGUUAUUUUUAGGCGGGGAAAAGUCUACAAACUGUUGUGGACAUGAAAGUUUGGUUUCUUUGGAGUGCUUUAAACAUUUUUUUCCCCAUUUCUUAUUAUAUUAUGAUCAGAUGAACGGUGAUGAAUCUGUGAUCAUAUUUUAUAAAAAGUCUGGCCUUUGUGAAUUUUAGAUAGAAAAAAACAUCAUACUCUUUUAUAUGAAUAUUUAUUUUUGUUAACUCCGUUCUAAAAUGCUCAAGAAUGUUGUGGACAUGAGAUACUGCACGACCAUUUCCCUGAUGAAUGGAAACAAGUGAAAAUCCAGCAUCAUACUUGCCUAAUGACUGAUAUUACUUUCAUGGCAACUGUGUUUUGUGAUUGCUUGGUGUUUUAUGUAGGAUGACUCUCCUAAGGAAUGUUUUUCCAAGUUCUUUAAAAUUUGCAUUGCAGAGUGGUUCUGAACAAAUGUUUUUUGUGUGAACAAGAGACAUAUUAU